AUGCCAAAAAUUAUUGAGCCAACUAACGUAGAGAACAAUUCGGUGAAGCUAGCGUACACUCUUAAAGAAGAAUUGGUGAAACAAAAAAUAUGUGGUGACAGAAUUACGGUUUCUUGGUUAAUAAAAACCGUUGCCGCAAAUUCGGUCGAACUGGAAAACUUGUGGAGUCAAAGUACUGUUGAAAAUGUAGGUUAAUUUUUUGAUUUUUAUUAUAAAUCUAAUAUAAAUUUACGUGUUUCUUUAUUUCUUUACAAUUUUUUUAAUCUUGUUGUUUUAAUGCAAUGAAAAAACUUAAAAAACUGCAAAAACAAAGCAAAGCCUAAAGUAAGUAAACAUUUUUCGUAUUUCUUAUGUCAGCCUUUAUAACUCAAUUUAGGUUGGAACAAUUCGAUUGGGAGUUGGAGAAUCAUUUAAUUCAGACAUUUACCGUGUAGUUAUUGAAUUUCAAAACAAAGAAAGAUUUUCGUUGGUUGUUAAAAUACCACAAAGCAACGCUUCAGCUGGAGAGUUGGUAAUGGAAAACGCCACUUUCAAAGGUCAUGAUAAAGAAGUAAAGUUUUACAGAAUGUUUUCAAACGCAAAACAACUGGGUGCUAUACCCAAAUUUUACUUUGGGAGAGAAAUUGGACAAGCAGUAAGUUUCACUUGCAAAAAAUGCUUAGUUCUUUAUUUAACAUUUAAUUUCUUUAACUAUAUUUGCCUGACUAUCUUUAGUAUUCAAAGACAGUUUUAUGCAUUAUAAUACAUAAUACAUGAGUUGUGCAUUAGUUUUGUGAUUGGAUAGUCAGUCAAAAACAACGAAUUCUUGUCUAAAAGUGCGCAAAGAAAAAAAUUUUUUUAUUUGUUUAUUUAUUUGUUUAUUGCAUCUAUUAAUACAUUUAAACAAAAUAAUAUAGACGAUAAUAUAUAUAGUUAAUGUAUUAAUUAUUGCUGACCCCUAAAGGGCUGACUUCUCAAAUUUCUGCAAAUUCUACUAUAAAAGAAAUGAUAUUUAACUGAACUUUUGGAGAAGGGAACAAUAAUUUUACUACCACCUCUUGUCCUGGACUGGACAGAUUUGGGCAUUAAAGACUCAGAUAAAUUAAUUUUUUAUCGUUUUUAAAUGGGUUUGACAGAUUGUAAGUAAUCUUGUAAUUUAAAAAAUGCAGGAAACGGCUAUUCUACUAAUUGAAGACAAGGGAAGUCAAGUCAUAUCGCCAAGUAUAUUUACUUCAACGCCACCGGAACACAUUUUUGCUGUAUCGCGGGAAUUGGCUAGAAUGCAGGCCUACGCAUUCAAAAUUCCGGGUAAUCCGUGGAAAACCGAAUUCCCCGACUAUUGGCACACGUGGGAAGCACAUACCGUAUUAAACAAAGCUUGUGAGCCCCAGCUAAGAAGUUACGAUGGUAAAGAUAAUUUUUUAAAGUUGUUAAAGUAAAAUUUUUUUUAUAACCCAAUAAUAAAAAAACUUGUUUGACUAUUUUUUAUAUACUAACAAAAUAUUUGAGGUAGAAAAUUACUUUUAUAGAAAGCGCAUUUUUCGUAACAUUAGUCAUCUGUAUAACAAAUUUUGUUAUUAAGUAAUGGUACUUUUCUAUUACAGCUGAAAUCUCGGAAAUGUUAGACAUUCUUAGACCCGUAAAUAACCGUGAAUUUGCUCGAUACGCCAUUGAAACUCGUCCGGAACAGUUAAGUAAGAGUUUCACUAAUUUUUUCUACAUGCACUUAACAAGGCUUUCCUUCUUUGUAGUAAUGGGCACAAUUAAUAAAACUCAUGGAUAGUUAAAGAACUUACGCUAUAUUAUAAAAAUUGUAGACGCGAUAGCUUUUGCCAAUGGCGAUUUGUGGUCAGGAAACCUACUGUACAAAAAAGAUAUGGAAACAAAUAAACCGACAAAUGAUUUAGUUGCUAUUAUAGACUAUCAAGGUGCUAUUGCCGGUACGUAAAAACUUAUACAAGCAAUAUACAAAAAAUGCAGUAUUUAUAUACUAUCGGAUAUGUUGAGCGUCAAAAAAGCUAGUCUUUAAUGUUUUUUAGGUAACGUGUUCAUUGAUUUGGUACGAUAUAUUGUAAUGUGUGUCGACGGGGCGACUCGUAGAAAAUAUCGGGACCUGUUUAUUGAAAAGUUCUACACAGAUUUGAAGAAAGCGUACAUUGAGUUCCAGAUAGCGGAACCGAUAGGAUUUACCAGGGAACAAGUAAGCUUUAAAAUAUUCUGAAAAGAAAAAUUUUAAACUAAAUUUACGACUUAACCAACUUCCACCAUUGUAUAAAAAAAGUGUUAAAUAAACAUCACCUGUGGAUGUUUGAGUAAAAAUUUUACAGAUAUAAAUAUUUACGAAUUUCAGUGUGAAGAACUUUAUGACUUGUGUGUAGUUGAGCAAGCAAUUAUCUGUAUAAUGAACAUCCCAUUUUUUAAAGUUAAUGCGGAUAAUGUUUCAUUUGAUGUACACAAAAAAAGAAUGGAAGUUCUUCUUAAACGGAACCGUGAGAUGUUUAAGGACGCAAUAACUUUAAUGAAGUCAUACGGCUGGGACUUUCAAAAACAAUAA